AUGGCUUCUCACAAGGCCAAGAACCCUCUCGCGUUUACGCCGUGGCCGGUGACAAUAAUUACAACGGUCGUGUAUCUCGCACUGAUCAUCCCCUUGCUGGUGAUUCAUCACAACGUCCCAUCGGCGCCCCAGACAGCCCCGAACGGCCUCAACCUUACAGAAGCAUGGCAAGACCUCCAAAGCCUCACCAAAGGCUUCCAUCCCUAUAACUCGCACCAAAACGACGAAGUCCGCUCAUGGCUUCUCGAGCGCAUCGACGCGAUCCAGCAAUCCGCCCCAUCCGCCGAAGAUUUCCAUGACGCGAAAGAGGAAAAGCCAGAUGUUUUUGUCUUCGAUGACUUGGUCUCCAAUCUGACAUUCAUUGACAAAAGUGUCGGUGUCUACUUUGAAGGAACCAACAUUCUCGUCUACAUUCGUGGCUCCGAUGACAAAAAAGAGAGCUGGUGGGAAACGCCCGGCCGGUAUCCCGUUGGCAAAGGCGGUGUUUUAGUCAACGCGCACUACGACAGCGUCUCAACCGGAUACGGUGCUACAGAUGACGGAGUUGGUGUCGUGACAUGUCUGCAGCUAGUCAAAUAUUUCCUCACGCCGGGCCACGCGCCGCGACGCGGAUUGGUCGUUCUCUUCAACAACGGCGAGGAGGAUUACCUGAAUGGCGCACGCGCCUACAGCCAGCACCCGAUGGCGAAGUUUGCCCACACAUUCCUGAAUCUUGAAGGCGCUGGCGCUGGCGGGCGCGCUACACUGUUCCGCAGCACCGAUACGGAGGUUACGCAGGCGUAUGCCAAAUCGCCGUAUCCGUUUGGCUCAGUGCUGAGCUCUAAUGGAUUUGACAAGGGCUUGAUCAGUAGUCAGACAGACUAUGUCGUCCUGGAUGGUAUUUUGGGACUGCGUGGGCUGGAUGUUGCUUUCUUUGAACCCAGAGCUCGCUACCACACCGAUCAGGACGACGCACGUCAUACAAACCUUGACUCGCUCUGGCAUAUGCUCUCUGCUGCUGUUGCGACUACAGAGGAGCUUGUAUCUGACAACACUGAUCGGUUUGAUGGUCAUCUCCGAGACGAUGGAACCGUGCCUAGUGGCUCGGGGACUCGGGCUGUGUGGUUCGAUCUUUUUGGAAGCGCCUUUGCUGUGUUCCGCCUGCAUACGCUCUUUGCAUUGUCUGUCACUCUGCUGAUAGUGGCACCGUUGACUUUGCUUGUCACCAGCGUAAUCUUGUCCAAGGCCGAUAGGAUGUAUCUCUUCCGUUCCUCGGCCUACUCGGAGAUAAGUGAUGACCAUGUCUCUUUGCGCGGUCUACGAGGCUUCUUCCGUUUCCCAUUCUUGAUCGCAAUCCCUACAUCCGUGACUAUCGGACUAGCCUACCUAGUAACAAAGGUCAACCCUCUGAUUGCGCACAGCAGCUCAUAUGCUGUCUGGAGCAUGAUGAUCUCCGCUUGGUUUUUCCUGGCUUGGUUCGUGUCUCGGGUUGCUGACUUUGCGCGCCCAUCGGCUUUCCACCGAGUAUACACAUGGACCUGGAUGUUUGUUCUGACAUGGUCUUUCAUGGUCAUUGCCACUGUUUAUGAGAACGAGGAGGGACUCGCUGGCGGGUAUUUCAUGCUGUUCUAUUUCGCAGGCACUUUCUUGGCCACCUGGAUCUCAUAUAUGGAACUCUUCUCAUUACCGUCGAAAUCCAGCUACGUGAGCCAGUUCGGAGAGUCAAGGCGACCCAGCACCCAGGGUAGUCGCCUGGCCACUUCAGGUGAUGAGCACCAGACAGAUGAUGCUGAAGAGGACCCGACAGAGUCAACCUCGUUGCUGCAUAGCCCACACCGGCCCACAUUCGCAAACUAUGUUCGUGUUGGUGCUGACCACAACUCCCAUGGAUUGGAAGAGGAGGAUGAAGAGAGAGAUCCCAAUGUGUAUGAACAUGAACAAACAUGGAGUGGUGCAAUGCCCCGAUGGACGUGGAUCUUGCAACUGUUGAUAACAGCCCCGGUCGUUCUGAUGUUGAUCGUCCCGCUAGCUCUGAUCAUCACCGGCGCUUUGAACCAGACAGGUCAGGAUGGCAGUCCCCAGCUCAUUGUCUAUCUUAUGACUGCUGGCCUCACUGCGCUUCUCUUUGCACCCACUCUGCCCUUCAUCCACCGCUACACUUACCAUCUCCCUAUCUUUUUGCUCUUCGUCUUCAUUGGCACCAUGAUUUACAACCUCACUGCUUUCCCAUUCGCAGAUUCCAACCGCCUGAAGUUGUUCUUCUUGCAGGAAGUCGACCUUGACACUGGUAUCUCUACCGCCUCGUUGACCGGCAUGCCUCCAUUUGUGAAGGAUGUUGUUUAUGACCUCCCUAGCGCAGCAGGACAAGAAGAGACCUGCACCUGGGUCAAGAGAAGCAAGAAUGUGAUCCAGCGUUGCUCUUGGAGUGCGCCCUUGCCCCGUGUUGCUCUCGGCGUGGAAUCUCAACCUCUUGAUAGCGACAGUGCCGAGGCUUUGAUUCAAGCUACCGAGCUUUCGUCAGAUUGGAUCACAUUCAGUAUUUCCUAUCCGGAGCCAGGCAGGCCUUCCGCUCGAUUCGAACUUUCAGGCCAAAACACCAAGGCCUGUCGUAUCGAUGUGGACACCAACAGCAUCAAAAACUUCAGCGUUUCCGGCUCAUCUGCCCCGGACGACCGCUUCAUUGACCCGUCCCCAGAAGGCUUGAAACAAAUCCGACUCUGGAGUCGUACAUGGGACAAUAGCUGGACUGUGGAUGUUGACUUUGCCAAUGAUGAAUCAUCCGACGAGAACGAGACUGAACUCGUCGAAGGCCCCAUCACAGGUCGCAUCACUUGCCUGUGGAGUGAUAACAACCAAAUUGGCCUCAUUCCUGCCCUCGACGAGGUGAAGCAGUUUAGUCCAGCGUGGGUGGCUGUGACUAAGUUUUCAGAUGGACUGAUUGAAGGCUCGAGGAAAUUCGAGAUUAACAGAUCUGACUUUGGGUUGUGA